AUGCAGUAAACUCCUCUAAGGGGUCGAAAAAGUCUAUUCGAUUAUUUAUUACAAAAAAGAAGUUUAAGUUCUAAAUAAAAGUCAAAACAUUUAAGUGGAAUCUAUAUUCAAGGAAAUAGAGCUACCAUUGAUUCAAAAUUUGAAAAAAUAAAACAAAAUUAACUUAAAAUUAAAACUGAAAAUAUGGAUUAUUUUGUUUUAGAAACUAAUGAUACCACAAUCAUCCCUUAAACUAAAAUAUAUUCAUAAAGAUAACCUGCUAUUCAUAAUUUACAAUUCAAGAUUAAUAAAUAACAAACUAAAUUACAAAUUAUUAACAGAAAACCUUGUAAAUCAUUUUAUACCAUUCAAAUCUAUUCAAAAUCCCAAGAAAAGUCUGAAAGCAGAUAAUUUAAGUGA